GUUAUAUUUACAGAGGGCUUCUACCGAGGUGCGUGGCUGAUGAAGAUACCUGCAAACUUUGUUGUGAAUAAUGAUCGCCUGUUUGAUAUGAAGUUGCAGUUUUAAAGAAGGAGAGAGUUCGACCUGCGCGUCUUUUCCAUUCAAAGGUGUACUCUCCUCUCUCCUGAAGCUUCACCACGGCCCUCACCUGCGUGCUCCACUGUUUCUCCUGUGAGUCGUCCUGGGCUGACCGGCCCUUUCUGCUUCGCCCCCGCGCCGUCUCCCCCACCACGGUCGCCAUGACGCGCUCCAAAACCUUUCAGGCCUACCUGCCCAACUGCCAUCGCACCUACAGCUGCAUUCACUGCCGAGCGCACCUGGCCAACCACGAUGAGCUCAUCUCAAAGUCUUUUCAAGGGAGUCAAGGCAGGGCCUACCUCUUCAACUCAGUGGUGAAUGUGGGCUGUGGCCCAGCAGAGGAGAGGGUACUGCUGACCGGUCUCCACGCGGUGGCCGACAUCUACUGUGAGAACUGUAAAACCACUCUGGGCUGGAAAUACGAGCAUGCCUUCGAAAGCAGUCAGAAGUACAAGGAGGGCAAAUUCAUCAUCGAGUUGGCCCACAUGAUCAAGGACAACGGGUGGGACUGAAGACCCUGAGCUCCCCCUCCCCACGGGCCAUAAUGCUGGAAAGAGACAUGCAGUAUAUGAAUAAUUAGUUUCAUUAUCUGGCUGUAACUUCCUCCCUGGAAAUCUGUCUACCUGACACGCACCUCUAAACCUUGAGGGUGCAAGGUUCAUAGCAGCAGCGCUAACCCCUUCCCGUGUGAAUAUAUACGAGUUUGACUGAACGAAUGUGUGCCAGCUAGACACCAAGUGUUUAUAUUAUGUGAGUAUUUUCCUAUUCGAUUCAAGGGAGUGCAAAGUGAGGCACAAAUCGAUGUUUGCUCUCCUCUGGGUUGGCCAAGGUCACAGUUUUGUCCCACGCUCAGGUUUAACUAAUGGCUGGAUCCAUGGUAAAGAAGGGUGAAAGACGAACCCAUUUAGCACCUUUUGUGUUUUAAACGAGGCAAAAACAUACUAAAACGGAAGCGUCAUCCAUUUUGUGUCUUUAUUUCUUCCAGUUUUGUCUUUAUCAUUUGCAUGUUGUUUAUUUAUACGUAUAUUUAUUGAUUUUGACGUGGUUUUUAGGGACGUUACGCGUAUGGUAAACCGUAGCAACCACAGUGGUCUUUGACUUCGUAUAGCAGAAGUAGCAAUGUUUGAUAGAGGUUUGUACGUACACUUCCUCUCCAGAUUGUGUCUCCUUUCGAAUGUGAUUAUGGAGUAAAUGAGGCAUUCGUAUGCCAUUUAUAGGGCACAGGUCGCGUACAUUAGCUAGAGCCAAGUCUUUAGCCCCAGUCGCAGCUGAGAAAAGCAGCUCUGAAAGGGAUCUGAGGCAUGAUGUCCCAUUCAGGCUCAUUAGUUCCCCCCAGCCAACCACAAAUCAGGUGGUAAACCAGACUUUCUCACCACGUGUUAUGGGGAAGAAAGUGACUGAUGGCUAGUAAAUGUGGCAAUUGUAUGAGGUAAUCCAGCAGGGGCUCGUCAAUAAAAUGCCUUGGCGCAACCAAAGACUCUUUCAUCAACUAUACGCUGACCAAACUGAGUUUGAUUUCCUUGUUUUAGUCGCAUCGUUGUGUGUCAUUUGGUUCAGUUGUAUUGUCUUGUGCAGAACAAGCCGAUUUUCAAUGAUUUAGGUGUUGUGGAAGUUAACGUAUAAUGUCUUAUUUUAUUGAGUGUGUAUUUAUGAUCAGUCAUCAUGUAUUGUUUUAGCACUCAAUCUUACAUCUGUGUAUUUAUCGUUCUGUGGGACCGCUCCACCUAUUCCAACUUUUUAUAUAUAUAUAUAUAUAUAUAUAUAUAUAUAAUAUCAGAUUCUUUUUUUAAGGAAAAAAAAAGUAUGUGUGAGAUAAAUUUGGAUUCAGUAUAUUUUAAUCUGAUAUCAAUAAAGCUCUCAUUUUAUGAAUG